AGGGGAGCGCGGCGGAGGAGGAGGCGUUUCCCCGAGCCCGUCGCCAGGCCUCCUCUUCCCUCCUCUGGCGCCUCAGCGCGACACGUCUCCUUCCCCCUCCCCGCCCCCGCGCGCCUGAUCACGUCCAGCCCUAUCGCGAUAAUCGCGCCUAGAGGUGGCGGGGGCGCUGCUGAGCGCGGCCUGCGUGGGCGCUGAGGGCCGAGGGUAACCCAACGAAAGGGGUAUGAAUAUCGUCUGUGGUCUAAAGUUUCCUGGCAGGAACUGUAUUUUCUUUCACUUAACUUCUUUGACCAAGCAGGGGAAAUGCAAUAAUCGCUAUAGGUCUUCUGCAAGACACUGUCAGAUUCAAGUCAGUUGUAUACUAAAUAGAUGUCAAAGGCUAGAUUUGAGUGGAAAUACUAGGAACUGUUUUUUGACUGGAAGCCCUAGCUACUGUGGAAACUCAAUUGGUAAAGGACAGAGGUGUCUUUUGAGUACUGUAAAUACAGAAGUAUGCAAGAAUGCACCCCACAGUUCUGCAAGAUCUUGCUUCCUGUCUUCUCAGCCACUGGUGGAGAAGAUCACAUCCCUCCAAAUCAGUUCCCUUGUGCAACUCCCAAAUCGUUUUUCUGCUUGGAACAUUCAGACCAUCAGAUUUUUUCACAUAUCACCAUCAUCUCAGGCUGCUCCAGUUCCCCUUUUCUGGAUGAUCGUUAAACCAGCUCAGAAAUUAUUUGCUAUCAUUCUUGGCAGGAGCAUAAGAAACUGGUGGAAGGCACUUCCUCCUAACAAACGGGAACUCUUCAAGGAAAGUGCAAGGAAAAAUAAAUGGAAGAUACUCCUGAGUGUCAGUAGCUUAGGAGUUUUAUUUAUUGUGUUUUAUUUUACUCACUUGGAAGAGACGCCAAUCACAGGGCGUGCUCGACUGGUAGUAUUUGGAAAAGAACAUUUUAGGGAACUGUCACAGAUGGAGUAUGAUAUGUGGAUGGCGGAAUUCGAAAACAAAAUGUUACCUGAAACAGAUGCACGCUAUCAGGUUGUUGAAAGAGUUGUCGGUCAUUUAUCUGAAAGCAAUAAGGACAUCCCGCAAGUCUCUGAGCAGAAGUGGGUUAUCCAUGUGGUUGAAGAACCAGGUGUAAAUGCUUUUGUGCUUCCGAAUGGACAAGUAUUUGUUUUCACAGGAUUGCUGAAUGCAGUUUCUGAUAUUCACCAGUUGUCUUUCAUUUUGGGACAUGAAAUAGCUCAUGCUGUGCUGGAACACGCAGCAGAGAAAGCCAGUCUGGUUCACUUCUUGGAUUUCCUAUCACUCAUCUUUCUCACUAUGAUUUGGGCCAUCUGUCCUCGUGAUAGUUUGGCGGUUGUUGGCCAGUGGAUUCAGAGCAAGUUGCAGGAGUUUAUUUUUGAUAGACCAUACAGCAGGACAUUGGAAGCUGAAGCUGAUAAAGUGGGACUUCAGUUUGCAGCCAAGGCUUGUGUGGAUGUAAGAGCAAGCAGUGUAUUUUGGCAACAGAUGGAACUAGCAGAAACCAUUCAGGGGCAGCCCAAGAUACCAGAGUGGCUCUCCACACACCCCUCUCAUGAAAACAGAGCUGAACACUUGGACCGGCUUAUCCCAGAGGCUCUUAAAAUAAGAGAGAGCUGCAAUUGCCCAUCUCUUUCUGGACCAGAUCCUCGCCUCAUUUUCAGACUUAACAUGCAACAUCUCCUGGAAUCAUCUAAAGAUCAACAAACACAAAAUUCUACAAAGCAAGAUCUUACAAAACCAAAACUGGAUUUGCCUCACACUCAAAAAGUGGAAGAUAUGCCAGUAACUUUUGCAGUUAAACCUACUAACUCUUGAUAUUAAUAUUCUAUUUUUAUGAAACUCGCUAUCCUGAAGGUCUGUCUUUUAAGGCAAAUUUGUCUUUGAACCAUGAAGAACUUCUAGCCAUUCAUAUUUUGUGUUUCUUUCUUAUGAUCUCCCACUCAAAGCAAUAAGGAGCUCUGCCCACACAAGAAGAGUAGUAUGUUGGCAUAGAAGGUUUCUUAUUAUUCAUCAAGGGUUGCUAAAAAUAAAUUGCUUCUCAGGGGAAAGACAAUCUCAUACAAUCCAGUAACACAGUGUAAUUUUCAGCUUUAUCAGGCUCACCUUGAUCACAGGGCUGAUGAGCCAGAAGCAUUGCUAAAGCAGAAAGGAAAGUAGUUUUCAUCACUUAAGUUGUCUGGUUUGUCUUGCUGUAAUUUGGUUUAGAUCUGUUCAACUUCAUUUGAGAAAUAAUGAUGAGAACAUAUUGCCUGUUCUACAUAUAGAAUGUUUAAAAAUAUUAAGCUGAGAUGCAGUAAAAUAGCUUAUGGUCUGGAUAUACCCCCACUUACUGCUGGGAUUUUUCUUCUUGCUAAUGCAUUUUAGAAUACAGAUUGUUUCAGCAUUUCUCUUCAAAGCAACCUAAAAGCAUUGCCCAAAGUUCAGUUUAAAAGAGGAGUUAAAUAAUUUUCCAAGGAAGUCUUUCUUGUAAAAAUUCUGUAGAAGAGCGAGUUUGUAGCACUAGAAUGCUGUGCAAGGAUGAUCCUUUUUAAAUGAGUGGGAUGCCUCAUCAGAGGCCAGAUUUAUUUUGGUGGCAGUUGAUCUGGACGUGUCAGUCUGGAUACAAGUAAUUGCUGCUAUGGAAGUAUGUUAGACAGUAGACAAAUGUAACAAGAUUUUUUACCUGUACAGCUUUAGCAGUUGUACCCUAUGCUAAAAGGGGACUUCUCAGGAAACCAGCAAUCCUGGACAUUAAAAAAAAAAAAAAAAAAAAAAAGCAACACAAAACACCCUGCCCCCCAAACAGGACUUUUACGGUGAAGAUCAAUAUGCACAAGAUAGGUAAUGCUGAUGGACCAGCCAGCAUAAUCAGUAUGUUAUCUUUUAUUUGUAAUUGACUGAGAGAUCCUUGCUUUCCUGUUGAUGAAAAUAUUGUAUGCUGAUCUUACAGGAAGAAAUAGAAAGAGGCAGGAGCAAGUAAAAACAAAAAAGGCAAUCCUUUUCUUUUAUCUGUUCAGAUGUAUUUGCUGUUUGUUUUUUGUUUUGUUACUCACUUUGUAUUAAAAUAAAGUUUAUAUAUAGGAAGAAAAAUCUGCUUCAGGUAUGGCAGUAUUUUAGAGUAAGGGGGCAUUCAAAAGCUUUGACAAUGUAUGAUAUUUUGAAAUGUUCUUUUUUUUUAUAUAUGGAGGGGGCAGACCUCCUCAUAUUUCUUCAAUUUAAUCAGAAUGCAGGAUUUGAAGGGGGGGGAAAAAAAGUUUUCAGUGCCGUCAGUGAAUCCGUAGUUUGAAAAACAGUUUGGGAAACCAGUAAUUUUACUGACUUCAGUCAAAGAGCCGGGGUCCUCUGAGAAAUGCUAGCAACUACCCAGCUUACCUCUCUUUGGAGAUAAGUCGAUGUAUUUGCAGUGUUGACUGUGUUGAUGAUUCUAGGCCUGAUUAUAUAGGUCUAGAUUGGCUGCAUAUUGCUUGCAAGCUGUUUUAAAAUCUCUCCUCGAUACUACUGGCAAGAGGCAGAAAGUCCAGCCUGACCAUUAUUCAUCCAUCCAUUUUUAUUCUUAGUGACAGGAGUUUUUGUAACAGAUGUUCAGUGAUGCGUUAAAGCAUUUGGACAUUGUCACCUGAAGGUAAACAGAAAAAUACACCAUUUAGAUUUCCCUGUGGACUUUAUAGUUUAUACUGCAACACUGAAACUGCAGUGCUGCUGCCUCUCUCUUGCUCCAGUGUCAAAGCUUGUUUUGUUAUCCGGGGUUCCUGGCUGACAUGCAACUUGAUGUUUAUGUCGGUUAAGACUAGGGAGAAUGUAGAAGAGUUUUUACAGUGUUCAAGAUUAAGGAUGAAACUACGCAAGUUUCAUAUUUCUACUGUCUAUUUUAAGUGGCUGAAGUAUUAGAGUGGAAUAUUGGAGAUGCAAAUUUAAAGUUCAACAGAGGAAAUUUUUUUAAUUUGUGUGUAAAUGCUCUUGUAGCCAUGCUAGCCUAAUCAUGUAAGAGACGAGACAAGUUUUCAAGGGAGAGUAAUAGCUUAUAUUAGACCAACUGAAGGGCUUAUGUGCUUUUUCCAACUACAUUGGUCUAAUAAAAGAUACCUCUCUCCUUAUAAACCUUAUACAAUUGCAUGCACAUGUAUGUGUGUGUGUAUAUAUGUAUGUAUAUAGAGAUAUAUAAAGCACACAGAGAUUUAAGCUUCUAACCUAAAACAAUGUAGUUUAUGGUCUGUAAUGGGAUGUUGAAAUUUUCCUUUUUUACUUCACAUCCUGAAUUAUCCCGAAUACAUUGUCAAGUGCUUUAGAAAGGAGUUCUCUUUUCUCUCUGCUUCUCUUGGCUGUCCAACACAGAAAAUGCCAUGUGCUCAUCUGCCUCUUGGUAGGCUCUUGUGCCUUAAAUUCUUAUUAAAUAGUGUACUUUACAUUUGCCUACAUUGUUGAAGUAUUUUCAAAUACUUUCUUGAAUAAAAAAUUAACAAAAAUAAAUAUCCUUGCUUUCCAAAGAUUUGAGAAACCUCGGCAAAAGUUACACUAUUUUAAUUAAAGAAAAUAUAAUUAUUUUAAGUCCAUUUUAAACCCAUUUCAAAUAUUUUAAAUUAAUUUCAAAUUAUGUCCCUUAGGAAAAUAUUGUGGUUGCAGGCUUCUAACAAGCUGUAGAAACUUUGCAUUGCAGUUGUAUAACUUAGUAUGUUACAGGAAAGAUAGAGCUAGAAAUCUAGUUGAAGGAAUACAGUACUUGAAAAAUGCAUAUCAUCUCGCAAGUGGGAGCAUAGUGGGUAAAGGGAAUAAGGUAAGAUGGAUUGGUAAAAAUGUUUCUACAUUUCUACUGCUAGUACUGCAUGCUGUGCUUCACAGCUUCUUAUAGAAAGAUUAAGUAUAUGGUACAGGUCGCACUAAAUCUCUCCUAUGCAUUUACUGUACUGGGAGUGUUCAGAGAUUUGACAAGCAGGGCAGGUGCAUACAAGGCAUUUCUGUAAUAAAAAUGGCUCUCUGUAACUUUUGGUCUUUCAUGUUGACAUGUUUUUUAUUUUUUGUAUUUUGAAAAAUGCUCUUUCUGAGGUGUUUGAUUUGAAAUACGUAAGUGCCAAGAAAGCAAAGUAAAGAGCUGUUAGAAUGCUCUUUGUUUUUGAAUUCUGUUUGUAGUCAUUAAAAGAGAAACAAACUUGCAAGCUUGAUGCCUUUUUCAUGUAUUAUCUAGACUGCCACAGGUUUUUUUUCCUCUGUGUAUUGGUAUUUCAGUAUCUCAGGUUCAAAGAGUAUUUCCAGUAUAAUACUCUGUUGUAAGCUAAUUUACUGCCAUCAAAAUUCUCUCUGCUAAAAUUCCUUGUGCUUUUUUCAGCUCUUGGAGUUUUUGAAGGGUAAACGGGAUGACAAGGAUGUGGUUGGUAAUAGAGGUACCAGAAUAAAACUUUUCUGUCAGCAA